AUGCCGACCAAGAAGAAGAUAUACAACUCUCGCUUCCCGCCGGCCAAAAUCAAGAAGAUCAUGCAGACAGACGACGAGAUUGGCAGGGUGGCAACCGCGGUGCCGGUGAUCAUCUCCCGGGUAUUAGAACUGUUUUUGGAAUCGCUGCUCAAGAAAGCCGGUCAAGUGACCCAGUCUCGGAAUGCCAAGACCCUGACCACCUCCCACCUGAAAAAGAGCAUUGAAUUGGAGCAGCAGUUUGAUUUCUUGGAGUACCUGGUGGCCGCUGUGCCCGACCUGCAAGGAGAUGAGCGAAACAAUCACCUGGAAGAAGAGAAAGGAGCCCGAAGGGGCUGGAAGCCUGGGAGCAGCCGGACAAAGGGUAGUGCUGGGAAAGCGGAAGAUAAGAAGCAGUCUGGGUCAGACUGGGAGCUGGAGGAUGAUUCUGAAAACACAGAAACAGAUAGGAAGAGAUGCCACAGGCCCCAACCUAACCUAGCCGGCCCACAGACCAGUUCCGGAGCCCCCUUGGCCCCUUUCCUCCCUUUCUUCUCGACCUGGACUCUCCCCCCAGCAGCCCCCAGCUUCACAGCUGUUGAAGAAAAAGAAGAUUAUGACUCAUAG